AUGCCUGGAUAUGAAGGACCCUUCUGUGAAGUUGAAACUAAUGAAUGCUCAAGUUCACCUUGCAAAAAUGGAGCUACUUGUAUGGAUUUAAGUGGCCACUUUUCUUGUCAUUGUACUGCUGGGUUCAAAGGAGAAACAUGUUCUGUUCGCAUCAAUGAGUGCCAAGACAGACCCUGUUGGAAUGGGGGAACCUGUGAAGAGGACAUAAGUGGCUUCAAAUGCAAUUGCCCCUUUGGAUUUGAAGGCCUGAACUGUGAAAUCAACUUUGAUGAGUGCACUUAUGGCUUCUGUAAAAGCAAUUCAACUUGUUUAGACCUGGUUGCAGACUACAGCUGUGCUUGUCCUCCAGGAUUCACUGACAAAAACUGUUCCACGGAUAUUGAUGAAUGUUCCUCCAAGCCCUGCAAAAAUGGAGGCCAUUGCCAUGAUUUGACUGGUGAAUUUUACUGUAGCUGUUUGCCAGGUUUUACUGGGGAAUUAUGUGAAGCAGAUGUUGCUGCCUGUCUAUCACAACCAUGUGGAGCCUCCAGCAUCUGUAAAGACAUUGUUGGUGGCUAUCUUUGUUUCUGUGCGCCUGGCUUUAUAGGUCAUAACUGCGAGAUUGAAGUGGAUGAGUGUCUUAGUGACCCUUGUCACCACGGAGCUACUUGUGUUGAUCACCUGAAUGCCUUCAGUUGCAUCUGUCAGGAUGGAUUUGAAGGUACAACUUGUGAAGCAAAUAUAAAUGAAUGUCAGUCUUCUCCAUGUCUUCAUAAUGCAUCAUGUGCAGACCUUAUUGGUGGCUAUAAAUGCAUUUGUCUACCUGGUUUUACUGGUGCAAAAUGUGAAACAGAUAUAGACGAAUGUGCUUCAUUUCCCUGCAAGAAUGGAGCCACCUGCAUUGACCAACCUGGUAAUUAUUUCUGCCAAUGUGUGGCUCCGUUUAAAGGUUUGAACUGUGAGUUUAGGCCUUGUGAGGCCAGCAAUCCCUGUGAGAAUGGAGCUGUGUGCAUAGAAGAAAUGAAUUUGGACGUUUUUCCCCUUGGAUUCCACUGCCAGUGUGUGAAGGGCUUUGCGGGUCCACGCUGUGAGAUCAAUGUCAAUGAGUGCAGCUCUAACCCUUGCCUCCAUGGAUACUGCUAUGACAUUGUGGACGGCUUCUAUUGUUUGUGCAACCCAGGAUAUGCAGGAUUGAAAUGUGACCAAGACAUUGAUGACUGCAUAGUCAACGCCUGUGAACACAAUUCUACAUGUGUUGAUCUACAUCUGAGAUACCAGUGUGAUUGCUUGCCAGGAUGGGAAGGAAAAUUUUGUGAAAAGGAAUCAAAUGAAUGUAAUUCAGAGCCUUGUAGAAAUAAUGGCACCUGCAUGGACCUUUUCAAUAGUUAUCGAUGCACAUGUACAGCAGGUUGGACAGGGCCAGACUGCAGUGAAGAUAUAAAUGAAUGUGAAUCUGAACCAUGCUUGAACGGAGCCACAUGUUUUGAAUCUGUGAAGCCGGGGCAGUUUGUCUGCAUUUGUCCUCCAUUUUAUACUGGCGACUUCUGCCACCAGCGCUUCAGUCCCUGUGAGCUGCCUUACAAUCCAUGUAUAAACAAUUCAACCUGCUUGGCACAAGUAGAUGGAAAUCCAAUGUGCAUUUGCAAAACAGGAUUUGAGGGUACUUACUGCGAAGUUAACAGUGACGAGUGCAUCUCCCAUCCAUGCCAGAAUGGAGGUCUCUGUGUGGACGGGGUCAACCACUACAGGUGCUCCUGCCAACAUGGCUUUACUGGGACCCUAUGUGAAGUGGAAAUUAAUGAAUGUUUAUCAAGACCUUGCAAGAACAAUGGAACUUGCCUGGAUCUCAUAAACAGAUUCAUUUGUAAAUGUGCACCUGGAUACUAUGGGUCUCUGUGUGAGAUGGAUGUAAAUGAGUGUGAAACUUUGCCUUGCUUACAUGGAGGAAGCUGUAUCAACAGGCUUGGAGGCUAUCAGUGCCUCUGUCUAGCUGGAUUCACAGGUGAUAGGUGUGAAGUAAAUAUAGAUGAAUGUAUAUCUUCUCCUUGCCUCAACAAUGGAAGUUGCAUUGAUGGUAUCAGCUCCUACAAGUGUCACUGUAAGAGAGGCUUCAUCGGAACAAACUGCGAGAUAAAUGUUAAUGAAUGCUUGUCAAAUCCUUGUCUUCAUGGAAGAUGCAUAGAUCUCAUUGAUGGGUACCGAUGCUCUUGUGAACCAGGAUGGACCAGCUCAAGAUGUGAGAUAAAUAUUAAUGAAUGUGAAUCUGCUCCCUGCAUUAAUGGCGGUUCUUGUCACGAUGCCAUCAAUGCAUUUGUUUGUGCUUGCCUGAGUGGGUACACUGGCAGGUUUUGUGAAGUUGAUAUUGAUGUUUGCAGUGAGUCCACACUGAACUCAGUUCUGUGUUACAAUGGAGGUGUAUGUGUUGAUGGACCUGGAAGAACAUUUCAUUGCAGGUGUCUUGCUGGAUUUUCUGGACAAUUUUGUGAAAUUGAAGUUAAUGAGUGUAGUUCAUCACCUUGUCUACAUGGCUCAACCUGCGCUGAUCAUAUCAAUGGAUACACUUGUAAAUGUCAACAAGGAUGGGAAGGCCUCCAUUGUGAACUGGAUGUUGAUGAGUGCAUAUCCAACCCCUGCAUACAUGGUAUCUGUGUUCAGAAGGAGCCCAGCUUUGGUUAUUCCUGUUUUUGCAAGCCAGGAUUUGUGGGACGAAGCUGUGAGCUUAAUUACAAUGAUUGUCUUAUACACUCCUGCUCUACUGGGUUUCUUUGUGUUGAUGGAAUAAACAAUAUCACCUGUUUACCUACUAUGCCCCAAAGUAAGAACGUUCUCACUGAAGUGGCUGAGGUGUUUCCUACGGAAAUUUUAGAUAAUGACCUUCCAUCAGCACUGGCUGUGUCUAUGGAACUUUGGUCUAAACAUGUUUCUCCUGAUUUUCAUAAAGGAGAGCUAUCCCAAGAUUCUAGUUAUGCUCACUACUAUGGUGAUUCUUACCUGGAAUUUCAAGGCUUACAGUUGAAUAUGCAAAAUUUCAUCCACCUGGAAUUUAAGACAUAUAAUCCUCAUGGACUUCUCCUAAAUAUUGAACAGAAGCCAGAAACAAUAACACAUUUUUUAAUUCGGCUUGUCAUCAACAAUGGUACUUUGCAGUACCAGUAUUUAUGUGAUGAAGCAGCAGAAGUCAAAAACAUCACUACCACAGCUAGGGUGGACAAUGGACACUGGUAUAGUGUGCAAAUUAGGCAAAGCACGGUACCAUGUGAAGCAGAAAUGUCAAUCCUGAAGUUACCUUCCAAUACAAGUAUAACUAGAAAUUUCUGGUCCAGCUCUUAUUGGCUUGAAACAGGAUCCAUAUUUGUUGGUGGUUUGCCUCAUCCUUAUGCAGAAAAACAGAUUUCUGGACCUGUCUACAACUUCACUGGCUGUAUAAAAGUCAUAGAAAUCAAUAACGUCAGACCUUUCAGCUUCUCUAACGCUGUGGGAAGAAGUAAUGUUGACAAUUGCAGAAUCUCUGUACCCACACAUCUAUCAACAGCAUUACCUGUGGUUUCUUCUGAUGUGCCUCGCUUGCCUGACCAGGGUGUGCCCUCUCAGAUUUCUCCUGCAUCACCAUCUGUGUGCCAGGAAGGACUGUGCCAUAAUGGAGGCACUUGUCAUCCUCUCUCUCUGCCUACCGGGGCCACCUCAUUCCAGUGUGACUGCCCACUACACUUCACUGGUCGAUUCUGUGAAAAAGACAUAGCACUGUUUUUUCCAUCCUUCACUGGAAAUUCUUAUUUGGAGCUACCUUCUCUGACAUCUGUAUCUGAUACCAGGACUGCAUCUGGGCAGGAAACAAGCAAUCUGACGACUCUGUACUUGACAGUGAAAACAACUGCUCUGAAUGGCACAAUUCUUUACACUGGCGAAAGAAAUUUUGGAGAGCAGUUUCUUCACUUGUACCUUGUGGAGGGAAGACCGACGGUUCGAUUAGGAUGUGGAAACUCUCAGAACAUUCUGACCGUAUCCCUGAACCAAUCUGUCAGCAAGGGUACACUUGUCCCUAUCACAAUAAGCUACAUGUUGCCUGUGGGCAGUCCUGAAGGUUACUGCAUGAUUGAAGUGGCUGCAGACAGAAACCCUCCUGUACAGCACAGACUUUCCUUCUCACAUCGAGUAUCUCAGGUCACCUUUGGAUCAAUUUUCCUUGGAAAGGUUCCUGCUCACGAGGAGGUUCAUCAAUGUGCUGGGCAGAUAUAUGGCUAUAAAGGAUGCAUUAGGGAUUUUCAAGUUAACCACAAAGAGUUGUUCAUCAUAGAUGAGGCUCUUGAUGGAAGGAAUGUUGAGAAUUGCAAUGUUCCAAUAUGUGAUUAUCAUCCAUGUCACAAUGGUGGGACCUGCACUAGUGAUGAAGAAAAUUGGUAUUGUGAAUGCCCUAAACUCUACACUGGAAAACUCUGCCAGUUUGCAACUUGUGAUGAAAAUCCGUGUGGAAACGGUGCUACGUGUUUUCCAAAGUCCAGGCAAGAUGUUGUUUGCUUGUGUCCAUAUGGAAGGUCUGGCAUUGUCUGCAGUGAUGCUAUAAAUAUUACUCAACCAAGUUUCAGUGGCACAGAUGUCUUUGGCUACACCUCAUUCCUAGCUUAUUCUACAAUCCCAAAUAUCACCUUCUACUAUGAAUUUCACUUGAAAUUUCAGUUGGCAAACCACCACUCAGCUUUACAAGAUAACCUGAUUUUUUUCACUGGACAGAAGGGCCAAGGUUUGAAUGGAGAUGAUUUCUUGGAGUUAGGCCUCCGUAAUGGGAGAGUGGUAUAUAGCUACAAUCUAGGUUCUGGCACGGCAACAAUCAUUAGCAAACCACUUGAUCUGACACUCAGUGUUCAUGUCAUCCAUCUUGGCAGAAAUCUCCGGAAAGGCUGGCUGAAGGUGGAUGAUCAGAAGAAUAAAACUGUCACUUCUCCUGGGAGGCUGGUUGGACUCAAUGUCUUCAGUCAGUUUUAUUUAGGAGGCUAUCAUGAGUAUACUCCAGAACUCCUACCAAAGGGACCCAGAUUCAAGAAUGGCUUUCAAGGUUGCAUUUUUGAUGUUCAAGUUCGCACCAGCCUUAAUCAAGGGUUUAAAUCACCAGGAACUCCAGAAGGACACCCCAAUUCUGGCCGCAGUGUUGGACAAUGCAAAGCUUCCCCAUGCAGUUUAAUAAAAUGCAGAAAUGGUGGCAAGUGCAUAGAAACUGGCUCUACUGUUUACUGUGACUGCCUCACUGGAUGGAAAGGUGCAUUUUGCACAGAAACUGUGUCAGUGUGUGAACCUGAGCAUGAUCCUCCACAUCUGUGUCAGCAAGGCAGUACCUGUGUGCCACUGCCUAAUGGCUACACAUGCCACUGUCCUCUUGGAACAACUGGUACCUACUGUGAACAAGAUAUUUCCAUUAGUGAUGCAUCCUUCAGAAAUAAUGAAUCAUCAUGGAUGUCAUUUGCACCCUUUUAUAUCCGGCAUAAGACCCAUAUUAAACUGCAGUUCCAGCCUCUCUCUCCAGAUGGUAUCCUGUUCUACACUGCACAGCACCUGGGCACUCAGUCAGGUGACUUUCUAUGUAUAUCAUUAGCAAAUGGAUUUCUGCAGUUACGCUACAACCUUGGAGACAGAACAGUCAUCCUACAGACCCUUCAGAAGGUUCAUGCAAAUGGAGAUACAUGGCAUUCACUCAAUGCAGGAAGAGUUGGAAAUGAAGGCUACCUGGACCUGGAUGGCAUCAACGUUACUCAAAAAGCUAGUCCUGGAAUGAACGCACUAGACACACACACAGAUUUUUUUGUAGGAGGGGUAUCCUCCUUAAACCUUGUUAAUCCAAUGGCAAUAGAAAAUGAACCCACAGGUUUCACUGGUUGUAUUCGAGAAAUUGUUAUAAACAACAGGGAACUGAAUCUUACCGUGACUGACUCCAAAGGUGGAGCCAACAUUGGUGACUGUGAUGGAACAGAUUGUGGUUACACUGUGUGCAAAAAUAAUGGAACAUGUCAAGUUGAAAACACAGGCUUUUCUUGUUCUUGCCCAAGAGAGUGGACAGGGACCAUGUGUGAACAAUCUAUUCACUGUUCACAAAACCAGUGUGGGUCUCAUGCACUCUGUAUUCCUCAACCUUCUUCAUUUUCAUAUACCUGUGCAUGUGCACUAGGCUGGACAGGUAAAUACUGCUAUAACAAAAUCGAAUUUUAUAUAGCAGAGUUUGUCGGUAACUCCUACAUUAAAUACACAGAUCCUCUGUAUGGAAAAAGAGACCUUGAGUACAGCCGCCUUUCUUUAAAUUUUACUACCAAUCAAACUGAAGGCUUAAUAGCAUGGAUGGGAAAAAGUGAAGAUGAAGAUAACGACUUCCUUGCCAUUGGUCUUGCCAAUGGAACUUUGAAAGUUGUGAUUAAUCUUGGAGAAAGAAUCUCUGUUCCUCUAAUGCACAGCAAAUACUUCACCUGUUCUGAUGGAAGAUGGCAUUUCAUUACUGUAGCUCAACAACAAACUUGUAUUAAGGUUUAUCUUGAUGAGGAACUAAUCCUUUUUGAAGAUAUUGACCCACAAAGGAAAUACACUGCAUUAAACUAUGGUGGCAUUUGUUACUUUGGUGGGUUUGAAAUUGGCAGGGAAGUCAAUAUAGUCACUACAGGGCUUUUUCAGAAGGAAUUCAUUGGUAAAGUUAAAGAUGUCGUGCUCUUCCAAGAUUCUAAAAAGAUUCGGCUAAUGAAAGCAGAAGGAUACAACAUUCAUGAUGGAAAUUCUGGAAAUUAAUUGAAAUCACUGUCCAAGACUCUUUUAAAAAGGAUAAAAUUCCUUUUCCUCCUGCUUAUUGUGUUAGCUGGCAGUGUAUGACUCAGCAACCAACAUAGGAAAGCGCUUAAAAAGUAGUAAGGAACAAAUCUAUGUGAAGUAUUAAUAGCAUAUACAUAUCAAAUAUGAUCAACUGUUUUCCUCCUAGAAUUAUUUAUAUAUUCUCUUUAGAAUUUACUUUAAAAUAAUGGAAAAGUCUGCAGGGUUUUGUUUUUCUUUACUGCGCUGGAGAUAGCUUUGUAAACAAAGAGGUAGUGAUUAACUUAUAAAGCCAACUAUCAUUCAAGUGUUGCUUGCUGCUUUAUGAGAACAGACAACUAUUACCUGUUUCUCCACCUCUUGAAUUUUAUUAGAAUGUUUACUUAUUAAGGUCAAAUCUAAAAGCUGAAAUUGGUGGGGGAAGAAAAGGUGUGCUUGAGGCAAAAAAGCACAUUUAUUGUAAUGAGAAUUUUGAAAAACAUAACAGUUAUAAUUAUUUGUUAAGCCCACAAAUACUCUAAUUAGGUAAUGAAGUUGUUCUCUCUCCUGAGUCUGAGACUGCAUAUACAUAUAUAUCUAUAUAUAUACGUAUAAGAGGGUAGAAUUUAAGCCUCUCUUAAGUCUGUUAAAAUAUUACACUUAAAGAAUGAUUUUAAGAACAAAAAAACUAUUUAGAGAGAGAAAACAGGCCUCCUGGUUUUCUCCAGCAGAGGUAUCCCCUAUGUGACUACAUGAAAACUUUUGGCUUUAAUGGUUUGUAACUGGAAUGUGGCAGUCUGCCUACAAGUAACUUUUAUUCUUAAGACCUUAGAAAGUCCAAGAACUGCUCAACCCUACCUAUACCUUUCUGGUUUAUAUGUCCUUAAAUGACACUUCAAAAUUUUAUGAGAACAGAGGUACUGGUCAUAGUAAACCAAAUUUCUGCAAAUAUAUUUUUCAUUAAUUGAUAAUCUCAAAAGUAAAUAGAGCCGUUCAUAAAUAAAUAGAAAAAAAUCAAUUCCUUCUCAUGAAGCUGUGUUAUAUUCUGCUUUAGGAAUCAAUAAAAAAAAUAAUUCAAAUGCUAUUUAAUAUGCUUACACAAUGUAUGACGGCAUCUACAUUUCUCAUUUGAUUGCUGGCUUACUAUAUAAGUAAAAUUAUUAAAUAAAAAUAAUAAUGAUUCAUUCCUAUAUUUUCCUUUUUUACUUUAAUAUUGCUCAAAAGCACGCAACAAACCAUCAUCUCCCUACAUGGAAAUUCUCUGAAUGCAAGUCUUCAGCAGGUAUCUGUCAGAAACAAGUAACUAUUUUGGGGCAGAGAGGGAAGUGAGGAUGGGGCGUUUGUUAUGGAGCAAAGGCCAUAAGCACCUAAAACUAGGUGACACACAUUUGCUUUCACAUCACCAUAUUUAGCAUGUAGCAAUGAAAGCACUGUCAAGUCAGUUACAGGUGACUUAAAGAUAACUAAAGCACAUGGGAGCUACCCCAAGAUAUUUUAUUAAGCAUCUGCAAGCAUCUUUGUAAGGUUCAUUUUAUCUUCUUCAGCUGCUCUGAGCCCUCAAGUGAUCAGCCCGAUGCAACAGAGCUUCUGCAGCUCUUCCCAAAAGACAGCUCAUGAAGCGCACCUGGCAUUUGAGCUGUCCCCAAAUUCUUCUCUUCCAGUUUCUCUAAGUAGGGCCUUUUACGGCCUUCAUGAGAUGUUGGAGAAGGGAGCAUAUUUAAGUUCUUCUCUGGGGCUUCUGGUGUACUGCCAGUUCCCCAGCAGUCCACACUGCCUUUUGUGAUCUGAGCCGUGAUUCAGUGUAAAACAAGGAACAAGUAAUCAGAGCACUUCCAGCUAACACAAAUGUUGGAAGGAGAGUGACUGAAGGCAAUGGAGAAGUAAAAUCCUUUAUUCCUGUAGUAGCAGGAUUUAUUCCCAUUACACUAACUCACAUCCUAGGAACAAAUCCUGGAGACUUUUGCUGUUUGUUAAUUUAAACACUUAACAAAACUCUCCCUCUCAAGAGCUGUUUUACUGUGGCUCUCUUCAGGUUUUACAUACACAGGCAGGUGGCAAAGCACUCAGCAAACUUGAAAAAUGUUUACAUAUUCAUUUAAACAAAUUAUUUCUGGUAGUUCUGGCAGAAAGCAUUCCCAUCCCUUCCGUUCAGGCAGUUGCAAUUUUCACUGCUUCCAGUUUAUUUUCAAAGCAGAGAUGGAUGCACAUGUGAGAGGCAGAUCACCAGUGACCUUGGAGUAGACUGCUUUUGAAUGGAUCAAAAGAAAAUCUUCAUAUGCAGAGCUGUCAAUUUAAAACUUACUCCAAAAAUGAGAACAAUGCAUUUCUGUGCCAACAGAACUCAGUGUAAAUAUUGAAACAACAAAAUACAUGUAUAAUACUAGCAAAUAUAAUACCAACAGCAUUACUGCUAUACAAACCAUGGAAUUAAUUUGGAAAAGACUAGUUUUUUUUAAAGAUGUUUGAAUAUCGCUUUUAGUUACCGAGGAUUUUUUUUAAUUUGUCUUCUCAACGAUGAGCCUAAGAAACAUCACUUAAUAUUCAGUGCAAGAUUUUUAAUUUUAGCCAAUUUGAUCAUGAAGCUACUUGCAAGGUAUACAAGUAAAAAUUUACCUUAAAAUAUAUUCAUAAUUAAAACUAACAGUUAGGAUGUUGUUAAACUGGGAAGACUUUUCUGGAAAUAAGAGGAUUUUCUACAGCAAAGUGCAAAAUGCUCUGUCAGCAGCAUAGUAAGGUUGUGUACUCAAAGUGGAAAAACAAAACACUGAAAACCAGAACAAUAAACCUCAGUUUUUCUUUAUAUGGUGGAAUAUUUUUGUUGUUUCUGACAGACUCAACAAGAUGCCCAGUGUAUUUUAAUAAGAGUAGGUGAUUUUGUUUUCACAUUUUCAUGUUGUUUGGCAUUGGUGGAUGGCAGACCACAAAAUACCAAGUUAUCAGAAGUCCCAAGGGUAC